GUCCGCCUGGAGGGGCAUUCCCGUCAUUGUACGGGAGAAACCCAACCCACACUCCAAAAAAACCCAGAAAAAGCCGGUGAAAUUAACCUUGUCGCGUUGUCGGUGCAAUGCCCAGUCCAACAAACAAUAAAGAAAAACAAAUAUCUGCGUUUCCGAUCCGAGGGAGCGCCAAUCGAUGCUUAAUUAGAGUCUCUGUUUCUAAUUAACCACAUUUUCUACCAAAACCUCGAUUAUUGUUUUUCACAAUGUGCUAGAUAGAUCUCUUCUCUACUUAUCGCUAGUGUUCUGGUUGGUUUGGUUAAUUGUUUGUCGCUCAAAAAUCAAUGGGAGCUAAAUCGAGGUCCAAGGGGUGUUGGGCAUGGCUGCUGGUGCUGGUGGUCCUGGCUCUCGUUGUUACUGCCAUUGUCGUCGCAAUCGUAAAGAAAAAAUCUAACAGCUCCGACGACGACGACGGUCCCGUCCCCGGCCCUCCAGGCGCCAUUACCCAGAAAUACUCUGACGCUCUCAAACUCGCUGUGCAAUUCUUCGACAUUCAGAAAUCGGGUAAGUUGGUAGAUAAUAACAUAUCAUGGAGAGGGGAUUCGGGUCUGAAAGAUGGAAGCGAUGAGAAAUUGGAUUUGUCCAAAGGAAUGUAUGAUGCUGGGGAUCACAUGAAGUUUGGUUUUCCAAUGGCAUUUACUGCCACGGUGUUGUCGUGGUCGAUUCUUGAGUAUGGGGAUCAAAUGGAUGCGGUGAAUCAGUUACAAACUGCCCAAGGCUCCCUCAAGUGGAUCACUGACUUCCUUGUUAAUGCUCAUCCUAAAGACAAUGUGCUCUAUAUUCAGGUGGGUGACCCUAAAAAGGACCAUGAUUGUUGGAAUAGGCCAGAAGACAUGACUGGGAAGCGACCACUCACACAGAUCAACUCAUCUUCUCCAGGAACAGAGGUUGCAGCUGAAACUGCAGCUGCCAUGGCUUCAGCAUCUCUGGUCUUUAAGAAAAGCGAUGCCACAUAUUCAGCCACACUUCUUAAGCAUGCCAAACAAUUAUUUACUUUUGCCGACAAAAACAGAGGCUCUUACAGUCAAAGCAUCCCUGAGGUCCAGGAAUUUUACAACUCAACAGGAUAUGGAGAUGAGCUUCUGUGGGCAGCUGCCUGGCUUUACCAUGCAACAGGGGAUCAGUCAUACCUUGAUUAUGUCACAGGGGACAAAGGAGAAGCGUUUGCUCAAUUUGGUCAACCGACAUGGUUCAGUUGGGAUAACAAGCUUGCAGGAACCCAGGUUUUGCUAUCCAGGUUGAGCUUCUUUGGUGGGAAAGACACCUCAGGCAAUUCUGGCCUUCAGAAGUACAGGAAAACAGCUGAGGCUGUUAUGUGUGGCCUCCUGCCAAACUCUCCAACAGCCACAACCAGCAGAACAGAGAAUGGUCUGAUAUGGGUGAGUGAAUGGAAUGCUCUGCAGCAUCCGGUUUCUUCUGCUUUCCUGGCUGCUCUUUAUAGUGACUACAUGCUUACAUCUCGGACCUCAAAACUAGAGUGCGAUGGAGAUUCCUAUAAGGCAUCAGAUAUUCGGAAAUUUGCUAGAUCUCAGGCUAAUUAUGUGUUGGGGGAGAAUCCCUUGAAAAUGAGCUAUCUUGUUGGAUAUGGGGAUAAAUAUCCAAAAUACGUUCACCAUAGAGGAGCUUCAAUCCCAGCCGAUGAGAAGCCCAACUGCCGUGAAGGCUUCAAGUAUCUUAAUACAAAAGAUCCCAACCCUAAUGUAGCCGUUGGAGCACUUGUUGGUGGGCCAUUCCUAAAUGAAACUUACGUGGAUGCCCGAAACAACUCGAGGCAAGGGGAGCCAAGCACAUACAAUAGCGCUCUCAUCGUUGGCCUUCUGUCAGGAUUGGUCACCACCUCCUCAGCAGUUCAAUCAUUCACCUAGAGACUAGAUUUGUACGAUACCAUCUACACCCGUGUGUUUGUAUUAUAUAUUGUUCUCUCUGUAUGCAUGACCUGUUUGAAUCGUUUGUGUAGAAAAUUUAGUGCUGUAGCCUUUAUUUGUUUGUUGUACAAACAAUGAUGAAUUAUGUGGGUUAUCCGCUCAUGAUCUCAGCCUUUUGGUUGCUUGCGUAAACGUCAAGCUUCACUUUCACUUGUAACUCAGGCUGGACUUUGUUGAAUUCCUUCGUGCCA